AUUGGUUAGCUGUUGCAGAAAAUCACGAAGAGACAAAAGGCAUGAAACUUGAGUGCUGCCAUCCAUCGAACUCUUCGACUUCAAAUGGUUGUUAUAUGUUGUUGUUGCAAAUAAUAGCAGUUAAACCCCGAUGCCAACCAGUCAAGGAAUCUACCAAUCCAAAUCAUAAAGUUACGAGUAUAUAAUUGAUUCAGAUGGUACUUAUCAACCAUUCAUGGUUUUCGAUCCUGAGAAGGCUAUCGACGACCGUGUUGUUACCCAGAGCAUCUCUAACUAAAUUCAUGGAGCCUUCUUCCAGCGUCAAUAGCAAUAAUAAUGUGCAAUCGCAGAGACUCCUCGCCUUAGCUCAGCAGCUUCGCCUUUACAAACCCCCAUCAUUUCAAGACGACAUCGAUGAGCAAACAAUGGAAGAAAAUGCGGGGAAGGUUGUUUCCCAAGUCGGGUUUCCAGAGUCGUCCACUCCAGUUGCUCAAAACCCGGAAAAAUUUAGACCUAAACGAGCUGCCGUUUUGAUCUGCCUCUUCGAAGGGGAUGCUGGGGAUCUAAGAGUGAUUCUAACUAAGCGAUCAUCCAAGCUGUCUACUCACUCGGGUGAAGUGGCCUUACCUGGUGGGAAAGCAGAUGAAGGGGAUAAGGAUGAUGAGGAUACUGCAAAAAGAGAGGCGAAGGAGGAAAUUGGGUUGGACCCUGAGCUUGUCAAUGUCGUUACUUUUCUUGAACCAUUCUUAUCCAAGCACCUACUGAGAGUGGUUCCUGUCAUUGGCAUACUUCAUGACAAGAGAGCAUUCAAACCUGUUCUGAAUCCUGCUGAAGUGGAAUCGGUAUUUGAUGCACCUUUGGAAAUGUUUCUCAAGGAUGAAAAUCGUUGUCAGGAAGAGAGGGAGUGGAUGGGAGAGAAGUAUCUAAUACAUUUCUUUGACUACGAAACCAAUCAUAAAAAGUAUCUCAUAUGGGGUUUAACUGCUGGGAUCUUGAUUAGGGCUGCAUCAGUGGUGUAUCAACGGCCCCCAGCUUUUGUGGAGCAAAAUCCUAGGUUCAAGAUUCCCCAGAAUGUAAGCAAAGAUUCUGUAAUGCAUUGAGAUUGAGAUAACUUCACUACUUUAAUUCUUCAAAAUAAAUACAUUUUAUUGUUUAAAGUACACCCUGCACUCUAGAGAAUCUUAUUUCCAUUUGUAUGUAUUUAAAGGAAGGAAAGGAGUGGGGCUCCAUUGUUGCAUACUAUAUGUAAGCUCAAAAGUUGGCAGGGUAUUUUAAGCUCAACUUCGGA